GUUGUUUUCAACUUGCAUUGGAUAACGCCCACGCCCAACCCGGCCAACCAUGCCAAUUGAUGGACCAUAAAAGCUUGUCCAGCUUGAUGAACAUGGCCAAGAUGCGAUUUACAUAUACCAAGCUUGCGGUAGGGUUGCAUCCCACAGACGACAGUUUUAUCUGUUUUAUCUGUCACGGCAUUGAUUUCUUUGCGCCAUGUAUUCCAACACCACUGAACCCUCACCAUCUCAAUCGCAAUCGACCAGUAAUUCAACCAGCGACCCACGACAGCGAUCGGUGAAUAAUACUCCACCUCCUCACCGCAUAGGAGACCGGCAACAAUCCGCCAUCCGGUUAAGCAGACUCCCUUCGCAUGAGAAUAAUAAUGGUAAAAACGGUGGCAAGCAGCCAAAUGGUGGGCGGCGUCGUUCCUUGUUGGAGAUUGGGGAAGACGCGGCAAGAGGAGGGAUAACUCUCAUGCCUUCGGUCCCCGAAAUAUCGCAAUCACAGUCGCAGCCACAGCCUGCCGAGACCAUUGCAGAGAGGCGGCGACCAGGGCAUUUUCGCCGGGGGACGACGGCCAUGUCCAGACGUUCCGAUAGUCGGCAGGAGGAAUACGACUCGGAUAUUAUUGACAUACUCGAUGUUCUUGACCCCGAAGUAUCGACGCUAUCAUCCAUCACCAACGUCCAGAACUCGCUCUUCGUACCGUCAAUGGGGAAAUGGGCCAACAGGCGGCCAACAUACACUAUCAGUCGAACGCCGGCGGUACCUGGGGCAUUCCCCUCGUCGGCACUUCCCACAGCGACCCGGGAGGAGAGCCUGCGGGCGGACGAGAAUUACACGGUUGAAUGGACGGACUACUUCUCCUCACCUUCAUCUGCACCACAGCGUCCGGCGGUGGACCGUAUUCCCAGCACGGUGACGGACCGCUUCUACGCUGUUCGCCCACACGAUGUUUCGCUGCAGGGCUGGAGCGAUGAGGAAGUAGCCCAGCUCGACGACCACGUUCGCCACAUGUUACAUUCGCGUUGUUCCAAGUUCAGGCGCAAGAUGAAAGCCUUUGGACAGUACGUCAAACGGCCCCUCGGCUUCUUCGUCACCCUCUACGCUGUUCUCAUCACCCUUUUCGGCCUGGCCUGGGUUCUGUUCCUCAUCGGCUGGGUCUACGUUGGGACUAAGCAGUUCUACGUCAUCAAUGUUAUCGACAAUGUUCUGGUCGCCCUGUUCGCCAUUGUGGGUGAUGGUCUUAUCCCCUGGCGAAUAGUCGACACAUAUCACAUGAUCUACAUCGCCCGUUACCAUCACCUCACCUGGAAGCUCCGCAACAGAGAGGCCCUGCCCGAUCUCAAGAACAAGAACGACCUGCCGUCUGAGCCUGCCGACCUGGAAGCCGCCCGCUCCCUGCACGCCAAGCAAGAAUUGUCAGUUCUGAAUCCCAAGCAGCAAGCCAAGCUGGAGCACCAUCAGGCCUGCUUCUCAAAAUCGCACACAUUCUAUAAACCACACGAGACAGACACUCAUUUUGCCUUCCCUUUGCGUCUCGUCGUCGCCAUCGUCGUGCUACUCGACUGUCACUCGUGCUUCCAGCUUGCUUUGGGUCUCUGCACCUGGUGCAUAGACUACCACGUUCGCCCUCCUGCCCUAACGGCCGUCAUUCUAAGCUGUUCCAUCGCCGUGAAUACCACAGCCGGUAUCCUUAUAACUAUCGGGGACCGCCGCACGCGAAAAAAGGACGUGCUUCAGUGCAUGUUCCGACAGGAGCUGACCGAGGAGGCGAUGCGCAGAAUCGAUCAGGAGAAAGAACGGAAGGCCAAAGAGGCCAAAGAGGCCGAGAAACGGCUUGGGCCUUAGUUUCCCUUAAUAUAGGAAGAAGAGCGAAGGUAGCGCGCCAGGAAGUUGGUCGACGAGUCGAGGAAGCCGGCCGAUCGAGUAGGGCGAUUUGGCGCCUCUGCAGUUGUCACGAACAGCGUAGACGAGGAGACACUGCAGCUUGUUAAUGAGGCAUAUCCGGGUAAAUGGUAGACAGGGGCAUCAUGAAAUGAUGUCACGUACCACGUAUGUAUUGUUUAGAUUAGAGCAUAAUCGCCGAUAACUGUCGCUAGAUACACGAUAAUAACAUGCCCCUUCAAUAUCACCUCUGAAACUUUCCCUGCUCGGUUCUUUGGUCAGAC